AUGGAUAUGAGCCAUCCGACAGUUCACAUAAUGAAGAUGUUGGCUUGCGCUCUGAUGGGGCAAGAGAUGAUCUCAGCAGAAAGAGCUCGUCAUCGAUCCCGUCGACCAAGCAAAACUGUACCUAUGAUACCAUUCGGAACCCUUAUUCAGGGAAAGUAUGAGCUACAAAAGGUUCUUGGAGCUGGUGGUUAUGGCCAAAUAUUCAAGGCUUUUGAUUCUAACAAAAAUCUUCACGUAGCUGUAAAAAUUAUGCAGAAGAGACAUGAACCACAACGAAUGAUUCUGGAGCAACAGAUACUAUACGCUCUCAAAGGGAAACCCGAAUUUCCACAACUGUACGGUAGCGGUACAUUCGACGAUCACAUAUAUAUCGUGAUGGAGCUUCUAGGCAAGAGCUUAUCAGAGUUGAGGAAGAGAAGCGAAGGCAAAAGAUUCGACGCGACCACGGCAUUACGCGUCGGUCUCUCCAUGACGGAUACCUUGAAAGUUCUCCACGACAUGGGAUAUCUUCACAGGGAUAUCAAACCUGGAAAUAUGUGUGUUGGAUCAUCACCAGCGACUAUUCGAAGAAUUUAUUUGUUAGAUUUUGGGCUUGCACGACAAUUUAAGGAGAAAGGAAAAAUAAGGCGUCGGGGUCACGUCGGCUUUCGAGGGACUCUUCGUUAUGUGUCAUUGAAUGUUCACGAAAGGAGGGAUCAGUGUACUUGUGAUGACUUAAUAUCGAAUUUCUACACGAUGGCUGAACUAUGUGAAGGCACUCUACCCUGGACAAGGCUAAGAGAUCCUGAGGACAUCGCAAGACGGAAGAGAAACGUGUCGUUUGAGGAACUAUUCCCGUUCAGCGGUAUGUGCACGGAAUUGCAGGAAUACUACACGUACUGCUAUGACAACGUUGAAGAUCCGAACCAGCCCAGGUACGACUUCCUCAAAGACAUCAUCAAGAAAUGCCUUCCGGCUAGUUUCGACUUCAACUCUUCCAUGCCAUGGGAGAACAAGAAUAAUAGUGUCUCGGCCGUAGUAUCCCAAGAGGGAGAAUACGCCGAACACGAACAGCUAAAGUAG